AUGAACCGAUACAGCCGGACCGUCACUCAACCCAAGGACCAGGGGGCCAGUCAGGCUAUGCUGUAUGCGACGGAAGGGAUUAAGGAUGACCAGGACUUCCAGAAGGCCAUGGUUGGGGUAGCCAGCAUUUGGUAUGAGGGAAACCCGUGCAACCGUCACCUCCUCGGCAUUGGCCAGGACAUCAAAAAGUCCCUCUAUGAGACAGACUUGAUUGGCUACCAGUUUGGUGUUGUCGGCGUCAGCGACGGCAUUAGCAUGGGCACGCGGGGCAUGUCUUAUUCCUUGCAAUCCCGCGACCUCAUAGCGGAUCAGGUUGAGACUGCUGCUGGCGGUCAUUGGCUGGACGGAAUGGUCACCGUUCCAGGAUGCGACAAGAACAUGCCGGGCGUUCUCAUGGCGCUCGGUCGUCUUAAUCGACCCGGUCUUAUGGUCUACGGUGGCACAAUUCGCCCUGGCUCGUGCGGGGGUAACGACAGACUUGACCUCGUUAGUGCCUUCCAGUCGUAUGGCAAGUAUCUCCAGGACGGUCGGACCGCAGAGGCUGAAGCAGAGCGAUAUGCUACCGUUCGGCAUGCAUGUCCCGGCCCUGGCGCCUGUGGCGGCAUGUAUACCGCCAACACAAUGGCAAGUGCUGCAGAAGCACUUGGUAUGACGCUUCCCGGCUCGUCCUCUUACCCUGCAGAGUCGCAAGAAAAGCACGACGAGUGCAAGUCCGUCGGCGCUGCCAUGCGUAAGCUGCUCGAAAAGAACAUUCUUCCGCGGGACAUCAUGACGAAAGAGGCGUUUGAAAACGCCAUGCGGCUUGUCAUCAUCCUCGGAGGCUCAACAAAUGCCGUCCUCCACUUGAUCGCCGUCGCGCAUUCCGUCGGCGUUGAGCUGACCAUCGACGACUUUUCUCGUAUCUCUGAGGAGACGCCGGUCCUCGCUGACCUCAAACCGAGUGGCAAGUACGUGUUCGUUGACGUCUUCAACAUCGGCGGCAUACCCACGGUGUUGCACUUCCUCAUGAAGAACAACAUCAUCAACGGGAACACCCUGACUGUAACCGGCGCCACGCUUGGCGAGAACCUUGAACGCUGGGUACACAAACACGGCGAGCUCUCGCCCACUCAGGACGUCAUUCGCCCAUUGAACAGGCCUAUGAAGGAGACUGGUCAUCUUCGCAUUCUCAAGGGUAACCUUGCCCCCGGAGGUGCGGUCGCGAAGAUUACGGGCAAGGAAGGGCUGGGUUUCACCGGCAAGGCGCGUACGUUUGACUCCGAAGAGGAAUUUGUAAAGGCAGUCGAAAGUGGGUCGAUAAGGAAAGGCGAGAAGACCGUUGUCGUUCUACGAUACCUCGGACCCAAGGGUGGACCAGGCAUGCCCGAAAUGCUCAAACCCACGAGUCUGAUCAUGGGAGCCGGCCUGGGUCACGACGUUGCAUGUCUGACCGAUGGCCGAUUCAGCGGAGGGUCUCAUGGAUUCUGCAUCGGCCAUGUCGUGCCAGAAGCUCAGGUUGGCGGUCCGAUUGCUCUGGUUCAAGAUGGCGAUAUCAUCUCCGUAGACGCUGUCAAGAACACCAUCGAGUUGCACGUCUCGGAGCAGGAGAUGGAAAGUCGCCGACAGUCGUGGAAAGCACCGCCUUUGAAGGUUCGGCAGGGUACGCUCUACAAAUACACUAAGAAUGUGCUAGACGCAAGCCACGGAUGCGUUACCGAUGCCUAA